AUGUUUUCCCGCUGCCUUUUGUUGCUAGCCCUUGUGCAGACGAUCGUGGCCUCGGCGUUGACCUUCAGCUUGCCGGCAAAGGAAGUGUCGUGUUUCUACAUCUUCACCGAAAAACCCAACACCCAGGUCUCGUACUACUUUGCUGUGCAACAGGGCGGUUCUUUCGACGUCGACUACUCGGUCAAGGACCCGCUCGGAAACGAGUUGGUGGCGAGAACCAAGGAGAGACAGGGCGACUUUGUGAUCACGGCGAAGCACGUGGGCGAAUACGAGUUCUGCUUCUCGAACCAGAUGUCGACGUUUGCGGACAAGGUCAUUGACUUUGAAAUCAAGUAUGACGACGACGCUUCGAGCGCGUUCAGGGCCCAGAUGCCGGAGCAGCCCAACACGCAGCCGUUGGCCCAUGUGGAGGCCAUGAAGGCCACUGCCUCGCAGAUCGACGCGCAGUUGGAGGACUUGAAGAGAUCCUUGCAGUACUACAAGACCCGGAACAACCGUAACCAGGCCACGGUGCGCUCGACGGAGUCGCGCAUCUACUACUUUUCGAUUUUGGAGGUGUUGUUGAUGGUCGGCAUGGCCGGCUUGCAGAUCACGAUUGUGCAGUUGUUCUUCAAGGGCUCGCGCAAGCAGCUUGUUUGA